AUGGAAGCAACUGCUCGCGCAGACGAAUACGAGCACGAGAUACCGAGCGUGAUGUACGUAGUAAAUAACAUACCAGGCCCAGGUGUGAAUCUAGAAGAUUUCGAGUCCGAGUACUCGCUAGGUUGUACUUGCGUAGCCAAGUGCUCCGAUUGCUCGUGUACUCGGGGUUCCCCUAAUUAUAUUAACGGUCAGAUAUUGGACGAGAAGUUAGCAGGGCCAAUAAUCGAGUGCAACUCCCACUGCAACUGUAGGGAAGCUUGCGGUAAUAGAGUGGUACAGAACGGACCGUUGGAUAGUUUAAUCGUGUCGGAAGUCGGAGGAAAAGGAUUCGGUCUGUUCACGACCAAGUCGAUCAAGAAAGGCCAAUUCAUUUGCGAGUACGCCGGUGAAGCGAUCGGUAUAGAAGAAGCGCGACGCAGAGUCGAAGCACACAAGGAUAGCAUGAAUUACGUUCUGGUGGUUUCGGAACAUAUUGGCGAUCGAGUUAUCGUUACGUGUAUAGAUCCUAAAUAUUUUGGUAACAUCGGCCGGUACUCGAAUCAUAGCUGCGAACCGAACGCUAAACUAGUGCCUAUCAGAGUCGAAGGAGUGGUGCCUCGAUUAUGUUUGUUUGCAUGUAGAUGUAUAGAAAUCGGCGAGGAGAUAACUUUUAAUUAUGCCGAUGGAGUUGCUAAUUCCGUUCAUGAUCUCAGCGACACCCUCUGUCUUUGCGGUUCGAAAAAUUGUUCUGGCUAUCUACCCCAUACGUCUAUCUAG